CAUUUAUCAAUAUAACCGUGCGUGUUCACUCAUGUAAAAAUAAAAUGCUGUCCCACUCAUUCUCCUUGAAAUAAAUGAGACAUCAGAAUUUUUAUAUAGGCGUUUUGGUAGUGCAAACUUACCGUACAAGUGAAAGGACCAUAGCCGAGUCUGUUGCAAUGUUGAAUAACGUUUGCUGCGUGCAGAAGUGUCGCUCGUAAAAAUUGCGUACUGGCUGGAAAUUUUAAUUUGGAGAAAUAAAUAGAAAAGAAACUCUGACAAGCACAGUUUUUUUUAAGUGUAAAAAGGUUUUAUAUGUGAUUUAAAAAUGUUAUUAUCUCGGAAACUCCUGUUUUCCCCUGAACCGGGAAUUCUACGACAAUAUGCAGUGGUGAUUUUCGUAAAUCUAAGCGUGUUGACGACAGGCAUGAGUGUAGCAUGGCCUUCACCAAUGUUGGUCAAACUCACCAAUGCCACGGAGACACCUCUAUACCGUACAAUUACUGAGGAAGAAGGGUCAUGGAUUGUAUCUAUUGGAUUUCUUUGCACCGUGUUUACAAACAUCCUUUUAGGUAUGUUAAUCGAUAGUAUCGGCAGAAAGUACUGCGUGAUAAUAGCUUGUGUUCCAAAGAUUAUUGUCAGUAUUAUCUACAUAUUUGCUUCUGAUGUAUGGAUGCUGAUAUUGGGACGAGCACUUAUUGGUGUCACAGACUCUUUUGUAUUCACUGUCGUGCCUAUCUACUCAUCAGAAAUAGCUAGUAAAGAAAUGCGAGGUUCCCUCGGCACCUUUCUGCAGAUAUUCUCAUCCUUGGGUAUUGUGGUCACUUUAUCAGUAGGACCGUACACGUCGUAUACAACAUUUAACACAGUCUUCGCUGUGAUUAACGUAGUUGCUGGUAUACCGCUACUCUUUCUGCCUGAUAGUCCGUUCUUUUUAUAUGCAAAAGGUAAAACAAAUGAUGCACAUGACGUAUUAAAACUUCUUCGAGGGAAUGAUCAAUUGGCAAAAGAAGAGAUAGCAAGUUACGCGUUAUCGACCGAUAAUAAAGUCGACAAAAUAGCAUUGUUAAAGAAUAGAGUUGUCCUUAAAAGUUUGGGUGUAGCAAUGCUUUUAUGCGCGGGUUCGCAACUAGUCGGUUUUAACGCUGUAUCGUUUUAUUUGCAAACGAUUCUGGUAUCCACAAGAACGAAGGUAAAGCCGGAAAUUGCCUCGGUUGUUAUUGGUGUGAUACAACUGUUUGCAAGCUUUUGUACCACUGUUAUGAUGGAGAGGUUCAAAAGGAAACAGAUAUUAAUAUCAUCAUUGAUCGGAAUGCUUAUUGGACUAGUGGGAUUGGGUGCGUUCUUCAAAAUACGCGAGGAUGCCGAAGUGCAAGGUUUCUUAAAUUAUUUGCCGUUAAUAUCGCUUAUCCUUGUGGUAUAUUGUUAUAGUGCAGGAAUGGGAUCUCUCAUUUGGGUUCUUACAGCGGAAUUGUUCGACGGUCCAGCGCGAGCUUUUGGCGUAUCUAUAAGUUUGAUUAUAAACACUUUGUCUGUGUUUUUAACCACUAAAUAUUUCUCUACGCUAACAACAGUUUUAGGGCCCGCGGUGACGUACUGGUGGUUCAGCGGUUGCUGUUUUAUUACUUGUAUAUUUAUACAUUAUUGCGUACCUGAAACUAAGGGGAAAACGUUUAGAGAGAUACAGGAAUAUUUUGAAGGGGAUAGAACUAAAAAGGAUUUCGAAAAUAGUUAGGAAAUAUUAACAUAAGUGUUAGGAUAGUACAGGGGUUGCGAACAUUUAUGCAUCAACGUGCCAAUUUGACGUGCCAUCGAAUUUUGAUUGCGCUUAUUACGUCAAUUCCAUGGUGCAUCUACUUCAUAAUUUUUUUGUAGUGUUUUUAUGAUCAUUGACGUGCUCAAAAUAUUAUGUAGUUUGCUACCCCUGGUAUAGAAUAUGGUUUUGCCAUUCGGCAACACAUUUGCAACUCUAAAGUUCUUAUGCCUAGUUCACACGAAGCUAUUAAUUUAGUCGAGUCCCAAGUAAUUUAGUAACUAAAGGACUGAAAGACGAAAAUUUGGAUUAGACUCGCAAAUUAUUUAGUCGAUUCGACUUUUUCGGCGUAACUAAACUAUUAAAUAAGUCCGAUCUUGGCAAUUAUUGAGAAGAAAAAUAGCACCGUGCAGUAGAAUUGGCGCAUCACUAGAUUAUCGGCAUAAACGUCACGUCCGUAGCUGACAGCAUCAAAGUCAUUAGAAGGAUUGAUAUUCGCGCGCAUUCCUGGCAGGACCGCUAAUUAAUAUUAUAGUUACAAUUAAUUGUUUAAAACAAUUUAGUCGCGAUCCGUAGUUUACGUUGAUAUUGCAUAACAUUUGUGUACUAUACUGAGACAGUAAUUGUUUGCGCUACUGUCUAGAUAGACUCGAUUUUAGCUACUAAAUUAAUCGAUAACGACGAAAUCAUUCCUAGUGUGAACUAGGCAUUAUAGAUUUAGUCAAGUGGUUUUACUUCACUAGUUAAACCGCUUGCGUUUUUAAUACUUUUUUUUUAAAGUUUGAAUUUGUAUGGCUUCAUUUAGAAGACUACUUAAUUUUAAGUUUAAAUAUUUACGUUAGUUUUUAAAAAAUUAUGUAAUCUACUGAAAUUUCUACAUUUUAAUAUAAAUAAAUUUACAUUGACAAUAUUCC